GGGACGAAUCCAGCUGGACGCGAUUUUAUCGUCGAAUGAACUGUCCGGACGGGACACACGGUUCGCAAAGGCAGUGGAGCGGUAGAGCCGCCUUCGUUACGGUAGAUUCACUACAUUUCAUUGUUAAAGCAGCACACCAGUCAUCCCCACAUAUCGCAAACCAGUCUGUGAUACCGUACGACAAUGGGCACGUAUAGGCGUAGUGGGUGGCAUAAAAGUUGGCACCACCGUUCGACCAUGUACUGGGCCGCCUCAUGGACAUUCUGGGCCCAGUUGAUGCUGAUUCACGUGAGCUACAUAUCGAUCGGUGCGGUACGGAACGGGGACUGGGCAGUGAUGAGCAGCAAUGAGUGGCGUCCGCCGGAACCGAACCCAUGGUCACCGGCAGCCGGAACCGCUGACAGUCCCGUGACAUUGUUGACAAGUUCGCUAGAUCAGGCCGCCCGGGGCGGUAGCUCAUCCGCCCCGCUAAGGUUAGACCGUUCGCGGGUCGACAUGGGCACGAGCGUGACCAACCUCUACCAGUCCCAGCUGGCUGCUCCGGAGUUGACACCCACCACAGUGGAAAAACAUUUCCUGUUCCGGCGUGAUUUGAGCCAAGCGCCAAGUACGUCACUACAUCAUACAUUACGGUCGGCAAGAGCGUGGGCAGACAAUGGUGCCGGCACCAUUUGCCAAGAUCCUGGCCCGAUGGACGGAAAUUGCACCACAAACCGGGAGCGGUCAGCAACGCUAAUGACCGGGGCAAGCAAUACCACCACCGCCGCCAGCACCGGCGAAGAACUGCUGGUACCGUUUCCACCGUACCAUAACGUCACCAUGAACGAGUCCGCGUUCGGGCUGGGGAAGGACCUGGAAUUAGCCACACUCCAGUCACCGCUCGAGGGUAAUCAUACCGCCCACAAUAACGCGGCCGUGAAUCUAAACGACCACAACGACGCCCUGUGCGACGACGAUUCCGAUCAGAUGGAGUACAACGAAAACUGCUUCAUCGAUCACAACGUUACAUGCGUCGGGGAUCCGGACUUUUGCAAUCUCACAUACAGCGAGUACCGACAGCUGCUGAUGGAUUACAUCUACCCUUCGACGGGCGAAUGGAUUCUCAUCGCCUCGCACACCGUUGUCUUUCUCAUGGGCUUGGUCGGCAAUGCGCUGGUAUGCAUCGCGGUUUACACCAACCAUACGAUGCGCACCGUGACAAACAUCUUCAUCGUCAACCUGGCCGUGGCCGACUUCUUCGUCAUACUGUUCUGUCUGCCGCCGACCGUCGUGUGGGAUGUGACGGAAACGUGGUUCAUGGGGAAGGCCAUGUGCAAGGUGGUAAUCUACUUUCAGACCGUUUCGGUGACAGUUUCGGUACUAACGCUGACGUUCAUCUCGAUCGAUCGAUGGUAUGCGAUAUGCUUCCCACUGCGCUACAAACCGAGACCCGAACGUGCCUGGCGCUCGAUUGCCGUCAUUUGGCUCAUUGGCUUCCUGUCGGACCUGCCCGAAUUCCUGGUGCUGACAACGAGGCGCAAAAAGUUACGCUUCGACAUCAAACUUUUCACCCAAUGUGUCGCAACGUGGGACAACGAAACGGAAAAAACUUUCUACAUCGUCAAGUUUGUGCUGCUCUACACCGUCCCGCUGCUAUUCAUGACCGGAGCCUAUUUCCAAAUCGUGCGCGUACUGUGGCGCUCGGACACCAUACCCGGCCACCGGGAAUCCCGCAAUCAGCCGUGUGGCAUGCACAGCACCAGGACGACACUCAACUGCGUGGGUAACACUAGCACCAUGGGACAGCUGCGCGCACGCCGGAAAGCAGCGAAAAUGUUGGUAGCCGUGGUGAUCAUGUUCGCCGGUUGCUAUUUUCCAGUGCACAUGCUAAACGUCGCAAGGUAUACUAUCGAUAUUGGACAGAGUGAUAUCGUGGCUGUGCUAUCAUUAUUUUCUCACUGGCUCUGCUACGCAAACAGUGCCGUUAACCCUGUGAUCUACAACUUCAUGAGCGGCAAAUUCCGACGGGAGUUUAAAAAUGCACUGGAAAAGUGUCGCUGUCUGAGAAAUUCGCACGCGUACGGUGGGCGCGUCGGUGGUUACGAUGAUCGUUCGCUCUGCCAUACGGCCACGCGGCUGAACGUGAGCCCCAGCACUAGAAGCAAUUACCAUUUGGCCAGUGUAAGAGUUGCCAGAUUUAAGCAACACACCCAGCAGACGUCAUUCAACGGCAGCCGCCAUCAACACGGUCGCAACAGCAUCAAUCAUCCGGGCAGUCUGCAGCCACAGAUCUCACCGAUCUCCGUCGAGGAACGGUUGGCGCUCACCAAAAGCCUGGACGGUGAAACGCUUCAGCUGACGAACCGUAAAAAUUCGUCCACCCUUGUCGGCAAUAAUGGCAACGGUUUGGGGCAUGGAAAACCCGCCAGCAAUGGGAACGGUGCCGGCAAUGGCACCCAGUCCAUGCAUCACCAUCACCAUCAUCAUCGGUCUCAUCAACAGCAGCAGCAGCACCACAAACAGCACGGCGAACAAAUGCGACCAGAUGGUGACGUUCUGGUCAAUGAAGAUGGUACCAGUACGCAGGAACAAUCCGUCACCGGGCCAACGACCAUGCUAAUGAUAGUGAAUAAAUCGAGCAAUUGCAAGAUCGGUGGCACUUGACAGGCAAAACUGCACGUGUCCUGGCGAAAGCCACGCCCGGACAGCAAACCCUGGACGCAGGUGCAGUAGGAACGCAGUAGUUCUGAGCCACGUUUGCGAAACGACGCUAACACGACAGGGGAAAGGCAACACUUAAAAGAUCGCGCUUGCACAAACGCAAGCCAAUUUAGAUAGUAUUCCAAAGAUGUAGGUAUACGCGGAAGUAAAUGUAGAUUAACUAUGACAUCUUAUGAAGGACGGUGAGACGGAAUGAAUCCCGCAAAUGAAUGUACUUUUCAUGUACGUCUACUAGCAGCAACGAAUGAAACGGACAAGCACACUCCAAAUCCAUAACCACCAGCUAACUACUUGCUGGAGUGUCAUCUACGGUCAGAGCUUAUAAACUAUGGUAAUUUACUAAGUAAAUGAAAUGGUGAACGAUAUGGCAAUCCAAUAUUUACAUCGUUCCAAUUCCACCGCUAGUAAAUCACCGGUACAGCCCAUAUUGCCUGUCGGAUGAUACUCCCACAACAUAGUUGAUGAUCUGUCUGUGAAUGCAUCAUAAUCGAUACACGCGAGCCGCACGCCGCAAUGUACUUCCAAAUCGAUUGUGGUAGUGUUCAACCAAUUACUAGCAUAUUCUGUGGUACUCUCUGUGGGCCAACCACACCAAAAAGGUGCUCGACAGGGAGAAAUAGAGCAAGGUUCUGCAGCUUGUCCCUUAUGGGCAACGGGAUGAACUGCACAACACACAGCGAUGUCGACAUCCGACAUCCAUGCUCUGCGUAUUUUUAUUCCACUGGAAAAGUUUAAAAGUAUAGUAUGUAAACAAAACAACCCAAGAGUACACUAGAAUUAUCAAACAUCUGUUAUUUACGCUCGAUGUUGCACAACUUGGAGAUGAUACGAAGAUGAAAAAGAAUGAUACGAAUUUCUUGUAAAUAUUGUUAUAGUCAAAUACAUUCGUGUAACGAUACCUUCUGUAUAAAUGAUGAUGAUCCAACUAUGCAAAGAAGUCAAUAAAAACAUACGACUCACGGACCACGACCAUGCGUAGGAGCAUUCCGUGAAAGGAUGAAAUCAAGGUGUGAUUGUCACGAUCUCGAAUGUUGUGCAGUGAUGAUUUCAUUUCCCAUCGUGAUGAAUAA